UGCAGAAUUCUCCUUUCCGGAACCCACUGAGCUGCUCCCUGCCGCACAGCUCCCGGUCUGCCUUCCAGUGCCAGGGGAGAGUCCUGGAAAAUGCCACGGAAGUCAUAAAUGUACCUGUGAGGUGUACAGGAUUUCUCCCUUUCUUGGACCAAAAUAUGACCCCCCCCUCCCGCUGCAUCAGGCCUUCACAAUAAAUGCAAGGGUUCAAAUUCAGGGCUCAGCCUUCUUCCCCACCCCAAGUCUGUGUUCCGGCACUAUGGCCUCGCUCUGGAAAAUGUGAAGGACAUUAUUUGCAAAGGUGCCUCUGCACAUGUGCAGAAUUCCAUUUUCUGUCAGCAGCAUUUAAGCCAUUGCAGCCUGUUCUGAUAUAUCAGACUGACUAGAUAGGAAUUUUAGGAAUAACCCUUAGCUGUUUUAUAAAAUAAUGUAUUUUUCAUAUCUCGUUCUCUAAAAAUUAAAUAUGGACACUGAGUUUUUUGAAAUUCUUUUAUCAGGAGGAAGAAAAAUUAAUUCAACAGGAAUUAAACAAUUUGAAAGCAACCGUUUCUGCGCCCUCUACAACACUGAGAUUGAUGAAGGAAUGUAUGGUGCGACUCAUCUAUUGUGAGAUGCUGGGCUAUGAGGCAUCAUUUGGAUACAUCCAUGCUAUCAAACUAGCACAGCAAGGAAAUCUUUUUGAGAAAAGAGUCGGUUAUUUGGCAGUUUCCUUAUUUCUUCAUGAAAGCCAUGAGCUACUGCUUCUGCUUGUGAACACAGUUGUGAAGGAUUUGCAGAGCACGAAUCUCAUGGAAGUGUGUAUGGCCCUUACGGUGGCAAGCCAGAUCUUUCCUUGGGAAAUGAUUCCAGCUGUCCUUCCACUAAUAGAAGACAAGCUUCAGCAUUCAAAGGAAAUUAUUAGAAGAAAAGCUGUCCAGACAUUGUACAAGUUCUAUCUUAUUGCCCCCAACCAAGUGCAGCACAUCCAUGACAAGUUUCGGAAAGCGCUAUGUGACAGGGAUGCGGGAGUUAUGGCUGCUUCAUUGCACAUUUACCUCCAAAUGGUGAAGGAAGACUCCUCUAGAUACAAGGAUUUGACAGGCAGCUUUGUAGCGAUUCUAAAGCAGGUGGUGGGAGGAAAACUCCCGGUAGACUUCAACUAUCACAGUGUUCCAGCACCUUGGUUACAAAUUCAGCUUUUAAGGAUCUUGGGGCUACUUGGAAAAGAUGAUCUAAGGACCAGUGAAUUAAUGUAUGAUGUUUUAGAUGAAUCUCUAAGGCGGGCAGAGAUAAACCACAACAUUACAUAUGCAAUCUUGUUUGAAUGUGUCCAGACGAUUUACACAAUUUAUCCUAAAUCUGACCUACUUGAGAAAGCGGCAAAGUGUAUUGGAAAAUUUGUCCUGUCGCCUAAAAUUAAUUUGAAGUAUUUGGGAUUAAAGGCCCUAACGUAUGUUGUCCAGCAGGAUCCCAACCUUGCAUUGCAACACCAAAUGACAAUUAUUGAGUGCCUGGAUCAUCCUGAUCCCAUUAUUAAAAGAGAGACACUGGAACUUCUGUAUAGGAUCACCAAUGGACAGAAUGUCACUGUUAUUGUUCACAAGAUGCUUGACUACCUAACUGAAAGCAAAGAGGAAUAUACUAUCAUCAACAUAGUUGGGAAAGUAGCAGAAUUAGCAGAAAAGUAUGCUCCUGACAAUGAAUGGUUCAUCCAGACAAUGAAUGCAGUAUUUUCCAUAGGAGGAGAUAAAAUGCAUCCAGAUAUCCCAAAUAAUUUCUUACGACUCCUUGCUGAAGGUUUUGAAGAUUCACAGGAAGACAGCCAGCUGCGGCUUCACGCUGUCCAAUCUUACCUCAGGUUGCUAGAGGAUGAAAAUGCAGUUUUUCCACAGAAAUUUCUUCAAGUGAUGAGUUGGGUGUUGGGGGAGUACAGCUAUCUCAUGAAAAACACAGAUCCAGAAGUUUUCUUGGCAAGUUUGCAUAGGAUACUUACAAAGAAUGCUACUUCCGAAACCAAAGUCUGGAUUAUGGCUGCUGUGAUGAAAAUAGCUCCUCGAACCACAGUUUCAAAAACAAUUGAUGAACUCAUUGUGGAAUUUGGUAAUUCCUUGGACACAUGCAUGAGGCAGCAUGCAUUUGAAUUAAAGCAUCUAUAUGAAGAUAAAGAAUUGAUGAAGAAGUUGUUUCCAGUUGAUGCGAGCUGUGAGGACUUAGCGGUCGAUGCUUCCUUAUCCUUCUUAGAUGGGUUUGUAGCUGAAGGGCUGGACCGCGGUGCAGCACCGUAUAAACCUCAUCACCAGCGGCAGGAGGAGAAAUUGUCUCAGGAAAAAGCUUUGAAUUUUGAACCAUACGGGCUCUCACUUUCCCAGAGCUACUCAGCAUCUGGUUUUCCUGGCAGACAGUCUCCAACUGGACUUUCUCUGGGUUCUGACAUCUCUGCUAGUAGUGCUGAGACAGGACAAAAGGAGACCAACAGUCUGAAGCUUGACGGCGUGAAGAAAUUAUGGGGAAAAGAAGGCUACCUCCCUCAAAAGGAAAGCCAAGUAGAAAAAGAAGAGAGUGUCAAACCGAUGGAGCGUCUUGUUGCUCAUUAUCCACCACAGUCCGAGCAGGAAAUUACUGGUCUGUCAGAGGAAGAGAAAGAAAAGCAGCAGCUCGCUUCAACACUCUUCGUUGGCCUGGGCUCCCAAGGCAGUGUCAGUCUGAUGGGCAAAGGAGACUCCACAACUCAGAAGUUCACAAGAAAAUCAAAAACAAAGGAAACACAAAAUAAUGAGGGAGCAGUCAGCAGCCAAAGCACGGCUAGCCCUUCUGCGGGUCCCGAAGCAUUAUCAAGGAACAAUGAGCCUUUCCAAAACAAUGGGCACUUACAUUUAAGGAAAGGUUCGCUGAGUUCAGCUGAACAUUCUGAAUCGAAGGUAGUGUUGGAUAGAUCUCCUUCUCUUCCGGAAGGUGGACUGAAUGACAAGCUUUUGGGUCAUAGACUUUCGCCAUCUUCUUUAUUUGCAGAUGGUAAUAUGGACAUUUUUCAUCCUUCUCCAAGUGCUCAGGCUAUAGUCCACAAUCAACCCCCUUUGAUGCCUUACUUGCCAGAAGAUGUAGCCAAACAUCCACAUUCAGAAAUCUUAGAACUUUGUGGGAAUGAAACUCUGUCUUUGUAUUUUUCUAAAGUCUGGAAAGAUGAUUGUGUCCUACUUGUUUUAUUUCUUGUCAAUCGAAGCACUUCCAUACUUAAAGAUGUAAAUUUGAAAUUGGAACACACGGAACAUCUUAAGAUCUCUGAAUGUCCUGGGUGCCAUUUUGCUGUAAUAGAAGCCCAGAGCAUAGAAAGCUGCCAGAUGUCUGCAGUAAUGGAGGAACUCUGCUCAUCAGGAACAGCCUCUGGUUCCAUCAGUUACCAUCUAGAAUCAGAUACACACCUCAGAUUUUCUGUAACUUUAGGCUUAUUGGAUUUUAUCAGACCAAUGAAAAUGACCACUGAUGAAUUCGGAAAAUUGUGGCUGUCCAUUUCGAAUGAUGUCAAACAAAACCUAAAGAUUACUUCAUCUCAGGGAUCAGUGUCCGUUGUUUUAAACAUGUUGCAGAAAAAACUGAAGCUUCAUAUUGUUGAUAUUAUAGGUAAUGAAGGGGUCGCAUCUUGCCGACUGCUUCCUUCAGUUCCCUGUUUACUGCAUUGUCGUAUCCAUGCUGGGAUGCUGGCGUUGUGGUUCAGAUCAUCUUGUUCUGCCCUUCCGGACUGUUUACUUUACCAGUGUCAGAAGGUGAUGGAAGAAUCCUGAGUAAUAACAGUGCCUCUUUCAGUUUCUCAAUGCCAAGAUGGAUAUGUGUGAUUUUAUGCAGGGUUUUACCAAAGCCAGCUCUUGUCAAGAGGCGAGUUGCAUAGGAUUAAGGUCUACAGAGGUUUGGAUGGAAUGUGGCAGUUGUACUUAGGAGCUUGCGCCCUGUGCUCCAUGCUCAGGAUAAGUUAGCCGCUGUCACAGGACUAAAAACAGGGACGUUUGAGCGAGACACAUCAUGCAAGAUGCAUACUUGCAGUUACGUACUUACAUAGGGUCGCAAGAGCUUAAUCAUAGGAUCGGCUUCUUACUUGAAUUACUCCAUUAAUGUGGCUUGCAGUGUAAAAAACACGUAUGCCUUGUCUACUCUUCCUGGUGAGCUUUUUUUUAGAGUGGCAUCUUAGAUGCCGAUUGUUGAUGACACUGACAUUCAGUUAUAAACCAUCCAUGACUGUCUGGUGGUUGAUGGCUCUGUCUGGGGGUAUCGUGUUACCAUUCAUUGACGAUUUGGUAAAAAGCGACCUGUGUAUGCCAGGCUUUGGAAAUACAGGAAAAUCGCUGUUUUAUUGCACUUCACAAAAGGAGUUAAUAUUAGGGUUACUGUCUUUCUGUGAUGACCUGUUGGGUACCUGUACAUUUCAGGAGACCUGGACCUGUCCUGUGCCCAAAACUGGAGGUUGUGGUUUUAGUGUGAAUUAGAGUUUGGUUUUUGAAGUGCAAUGCCUUCAUCAGUGUUUCAGGUCUUGCCUUUUGGGAUGUACAAACACCAGGACUGCAGUCCAGAAGGCACCCAAGAGCUCGUGCAUCAACUCACAGGCAUUCUGACGUCAGUGGCAGCUUGCCUACAUCCUCCUUGCCACAGCAAAUUUCCUUAAUUGCACUGAUCGUUUGCCAUGGUGAUAACACAUACCUACCUUUGCACUUUUGCAUUAUAACAAAAGUAGGAACACAACUUGUUCUAUAUGGUCACGUUGGGCUUCCGUUUCUGGAAAUAGCAGUGCUUUGUGCUACAUGGCGAGAGCUCCCUUCGCUUUUGAAAACUGCUGAGUUCAUUCGUGAGAUGUCAUUAUCGUUCUUGCUGAAUCUUCACUUCCUGGGAAGUAGCUCUUUGGGUCCCUGCCACAAAACUAGAGCUCACUAAAUGCAUGGCACCAAAAACAAAGUUGGCCACUUUAAAAAUAGCCCGAUGUAGCCAACUGGUAUAAAUGGCAUAUUAGAAGCAACUUACGCAAAAGAUGCUGCUCCUCAUUUACACCAACAGAAGGGCUCCGUUGGCCGGCAGAUUAGACUGGACUAACUUCACUCCUUUUCUUAACCUCUCGUCUGCUGAAUUUUAAACUUACUGGGCAGUACCGAAUGUUGCCACUUGGACUCAUGCCUUUGACACAGUGCUAGUGGCCUUUGCUGCAGAUCUAAUUGUGUGCUCUGAUGCAGAGAGUUUUGGCAUUGCACUGGAGGUCUUUUACCCUAAGUCAGUGGCAUAAGCCGAGUGGCAAAUCAAUUCUAAUCUUCUUUGUUAUUGCAGAAGAACAGAAACCUUGCAGCUGGCCGACUUCUUCUCCAUUCAGUUAUUGUACCACUUUCUGCUGCUCAUUAAAUGGGAGAAGUAUAACCUUUGAGUGGGGUUUCUGAUAGGGCACGGGAGAUUCCAGUUUAAAACCCCCAAAACAAAAAAGUGAGUGGUGUUAGCUCUGAGGGCUUCUCAGCUGACAGCCCAGGUUUCUAGUUCUUAUGGAUAAGGUGGGAAUAAAUAGAGCUAAAACACUUCAGUAUAUUUGACACUGAUUCAAUUGUGCUGGAAAGUAAACUUCCAUUAAAAACCUCAGCCAGCUUACAAAAUACACAGGAGGCUUGUUAAUCUUUUUAAUUCUCAGGCUGGCUGUGUAGAAGUGCUGAGCUUAUGUUAAAUUGGGCAAUUUCAGUGAACGCUUACACUCCUCGUACUGCUACCCUUUUGUAAAGUGGAAGUAUGUGACUUUGUUUUAAAGCCAAAGCUGUCACUUUCCCAUAAUUUAUAACAUGUGGGCAUGUUUUUGUUUCCUGCAUUGUGAAGUUAAUUCUUUUAUUUGCCCAAAGUUGUGUUCUCAGACUUGGGGCUGCAGGUCUGAUGCUGUGAGGAUCUCUUCUGAUACAAUGUCCUUUAGUAAUUUUGGAAUGGAGGGGAAGAUGGAUGGGAAAACAUGAUUAUGAACAUAAAAGCCAUGUGGAUUUUUGAAUAUGUAACUGAGGAGAACAUUAACGCUCUUAAACAUUUUCACUGGUAUUUUUUGUCUGUGGUGCUAAUGAUGCUGCUGUGGUCCCUGAACAAAUCCUGUGCGUGUGUGUGUGUGUGCGCGUGUACAUCCAGCAGGUCACAUUCUGUUCACUAGCUUCUUGGGGUUGGGGCAAAGCAGUGUUGUUCUUAAUGUAAGUAUUUAUUUAAAUACGCCAGUCUCCCAAUCCAAAAAAGCUGCUCAGAGCAGCAAACAAAAAAUAAAGAAUAAAAUUUAUGUUUGCCUCUCAACUCCUGGACCUGGUCCAAGAGCCUCCGUCACACAGGCUACCACAAGCCUGCUGAUAAUCAGAAAAAUCUUGUUUUGGUUCCAGGGAUGGUCUUGAAGAUACAAAGUAAAGGCUAUCCAGGGAAGGCGGAAAACGAGAAAACCGUAGGGCCCAGUAUGUGUGUCUGCAUGAAGCAGUACUAGACCUCUGUGGAGCCAGUGCACAGAUCCCCAGACUGUACAGCUCAGGGACAGGAAGGACUGAAGGAACCGUUGUGUUGUUAUAAUGAGGUUGCAGAUUGGAUCUGUCCCUCUAAUGUGUCCAGGAAGAACGACGAAGGAAAAAGCAUCCCUGUGUGGUUACUGCCCUGAUGUUCCCGUCACUGUGCGUUCCUGUUGCUGAAAAGGGUAGAUUUAUUUCUGGGCGUUGGUGCGCCAUAUUGAUGCCCGGGUGCUGGUGGCAUCCAUAAUGGGAAGGGUGGGCCAUUGCAGGCCUAGUUUUUGAGAAAAAUCAAAUGUUGUAUCUGCCUUGGAUUUAUUAGUAGAAACGUUAUGAUGUACAAAAGUUAAAAUUAGAGUAAAAAUACAACAGAAUCCAAGCAAAAUCCUGGCCCAACUAGUAACCUAGCAUUUGCCUUCUGCUGGACUGCAGGUUUGAGGUAGAACCCAGAGGCAGACCUGCAUGCAGUACUUGGGGAAGGGUGCAGAAGCCCGACCUGGAGGUUGCCAGAGCAUGAAUACACAUGUUCAUAGCCAUAGUUUCUGUGUGUGGGCUGUUGCAGUUGGCAUGUGGUCUCAGCUGCCAAAAGGUGCUGUUGAACUUCUAAUGACAAGCAUCGAUCUAUUUGGCACCCCCAAAAUGUGGUGCCAGGACUUCAUGAGGGGCACAGCUGCCCCCGGAACAGGCUAAACAGCCCCAUCCUUAUUCAGUGGGCACCUGCAGCCCCUCCUGUCUGGUCAGGAUUGAGCGUCAUUCGUUCUGAUUGUAUUGCUGCAUUUGCAGUUCAUUCAAUUAUCUGGGCAGAUUACAUGGUUCCAAGAGAAUAAAAAGAGUAUAUACCAAACAUCCAACCAUAAAGGCAGGCAUUUAACAACCUGUAGUCUGUUGUUCUCAAUUCUAAACGGCAAAAUCCUGGGCCUAAAAAAAAACCUGGGAGAAAUCUUGAUUGGACACCAAAAAGAUCGGUGUGGGUGUUAGGCGAGCCUUCCUUUUAUGGAAGUGCCUUGUGCAUGGUGGCUUGUGCAUGGUGAACAAGCCAUGCUGCUGGGUUUGGAUGGCACAAGAAGCUACUCCUGGUUCCAUCAUGUUGUAUGGACCCACUCUAAAUGAACUCUGUUAAGACAUUAAUGGUGGUGGAAACCAGUGUUGCUGUAUGGGUUGAAAAAGACUACCAGGUGUGGUGGGAGAAUUGUGCAACUGCUGUGCUUCACACUUGGGAUUCUAGAAUGCUUUCCCUUGGGAAAUCCAUGUUCCCUUCCAAAUACAGAUGAAAACAUUUUUAUUCCAUCAGAUGUUUGUGGAUUAGUAGACAUUCUCACUAUUCUUAUGUUGUCUUCAAUGCGUGUAAGUUUAGUUAUAAUGUCUGUUUUCUAUGGAUUGUUUUCACUUAUACUUUUAGACUCUUGUAAAGUGCCUCACAAGUGGUUUUCUGGUGAGUAAUGGGCUGUAAAUAUUGUAACACAACAGACACACAUGCACACCCUUCCCCUGGGAUCCCAUUCCAGUCUGUGACUUUAGGGGGGAAGGCAAGCUUUGGCACCAUCUCCACUGUCAUGGAGCACAGCCUCUCUCCGUUCACUUCAGUGGCACAGAGCAGCCUUCCCCACUCGGAAGCCUUUCAGAUAUUUUGGAUGUCAGCUCCAGCUAACACGGCCUCAACUGCUGGGAGUACUGGGAGUUGUUGCCAACUAUUUCCUGCAUUGCACUCUCUGGUGGACAUGAAGAAGUGCAGCGCAACCAAGUGGUAGGAUCCAUGGGAAUGCGGUUUUACUCAGCCGCUUCUCCUCUUUUCCAACUUGUCCUAAUGGGGGGUGAUGUUCUCAGGGCACUGAAAUAUCACUGUCUGAACGAUCUACGGCUAAUAAUGCAUAUUAAUGUUUGUUUUAUGCCUCAUGGAAGCAAACAGACGCCCAUGCUUUUAAGGAUUUAAUACUCUGGGAUUUUUCCUUCCAUUUUACCAUUAAUGAUGUGCACCCAAUUUAAAACCUCAAACUGAGCAAACUCCCAGUGUAAUUUAAGAGCUGGCAAAGCUAGAAUUCCUGCCUAUGCAGUUUUUCUAUUGUUUCUACCACAUGGUGUUUAGCAUCGUACGACGUUACAGCCCUCUGUGCACGUGCCAGUGCUGAAUUUUAAAUUUUGUUUGGAAUAUUUUGUUAUUUAUCUGUCAAGUGUGCUGAAUUCAGUCAAACUUUGUCAAGUGUAUGUGGAGCUGUACAUUUGUAUCUGUGGUAUGCUCUUUAUUUUAAAAUAGUUUGAUUUUUUGCCCUCCUUGUAAUUAGUCAAGUGCAACAUAAUAAAAUAUCCGGCUGUUUUAAAUUA